UGAGGAGCUAUGGCACAGCCAAGCCUGAUUGUGUCCUUGUGUGUUAAUGCUGAGUGAAGCUGUUUGAGCAAUCCUCUUGGCUCUCUCUCCUUGUGCUUGUGCACAGUGUUGGUUAGUCAGUUGGCAGGCAGGCAAACAGGCAGUGCGGUGUGUGCCAACACAGCUGCCUAUUGAGAGGCACCGCUAUGGACACAAUGUGAGCGACAGACUUGCUGUAUCAACAGCUCCCUCUUUUCUGCUGCUGUGGCCAGAAAUAAACCAUAAAUACCUUCCAAUGCCUCAACCCCACCAAACACCAAGUGGCAUUGAAUAAGAGGGACAUCACCACUUCUUAGCACGCAUACCCAGGUAAAGUCUCCAUCUGGAUCCAGUGAUCAAUAGUAAUAGAGUAGUAGUUCUAAAAAAAAAAAAAAAUGGGUGUUGGAUAGUGCAUCAGUAAACAUUAAUGGCGUAUUCUUACAUCAUAUUUAGUCUGAUUGAGUCAAACAUACUUGAUACUGAAAUUGAUUUGAUAGAAACAUUCCCAUGUGUGUGUGUAAUCUUUAGUUGUGAUGUACAAUUCUUAUGUUAAAUCAAGUUAAACGUAAAGACCUGUUUCAAAUUUUGUUCACACAACUCAUAUAUACUUGAACACUUUUGAAUGGUGAUCGUGACAUGAGAACGUCAAACUGUAUGCUUCUCUUUACCAAUAUAUGCAUAACAGCAACUGGUAUUUCUUGAUGUGUGUGGUAAUGAAAAAGUGGAGGAGCGAUUGGAAGAAUGUCAGAACAGCAGAGUGCCCCAGAGCAGCUGGCUGCAGGGAAGAGUCAGGGUGGAGCAGCAGCCACAUACAAGGUGGUGCUGUUUGAAUAUGAAAACUUCCAGGGAAGCAAGGCUGAGUUUUCAGCAGAGUGUAAGGAUGUACUAGAGAAGGGCCUCCAGAAGGUCAGCUCAGUGAUAGUUGAAUCUGGACCAUGGGUGGGUUAUGAUCGGCAUGGCUUCACCGGGGAGCAGUUUAUUCUGGAGAAAGGCCAGUACCCUCGCUGGGACACAUGGACCAAUAGUCAGAAUAGCUACUCCCUCUUGUCUAUAAGGCCACUGAAAGUGGAUGGUCCUGACCACAAGCUACACUUUUUUGAGAACCCUGGAUUUACGGGGAGAAAGAUGGAGAUUAUUGAUGAUGACGUCCCCAGUUUGUGGGGCCACGGUUUUCAAGAUCGCGUAGCAAGCGUCAAAGCUCUCAAUGGAACAUGGGUGGGCUACAUGUAUCCAGGCUACAGGGGGCGCCAGUUUAUCUUUGAACUAGGGGAAUUCAAGCACUGGAAUGACUGGGAGGCCCCUGAACCUCAGAUCCAAUCUGUCCGACGUGUGCGAGACAUGCAGUGGCAUAAAAGGGGCUGUUUCUCUGCUCCAGACCCAGCUCCUGCUCCGACACCCCCUGCUCCAACACCACUUGCUCCAUCUGCAAAAGGUGGGGCCAGCUGAGCGGGAUCCUAAUCAGCUUUCCACCCAGACUCUCCCAAGCUCCACUUACAGCCUAUCCUGUGCCAUCACUAACUAUGCCAAAUGCUGCUUACCCCCACGCAGGAGUGCCAUAUGUGUUUCAGGGCCCAAUAAAAAGUUAUUUGACUUGGAAUUGGUGGUUGUUCAAUGUUCUUGUAAUUAAUUUAAGUGUAGAUGAUGUAAACAUUGUAGCAUAAAGAGGCCACAAUGUACAGUAUUCUGUUAAUAUGUGAUUAGCAUUGUCAACAGCAUGGGAAGAGAAUGUAAGCUCGCUAUUAAA